AUGGGAGUGGAGGGAAGCCAGGACUGCGACGAUGGAGGAGCAACAAAAUCGUACUCAUCGCAAGAAAAAGGAAAAGAAGAAGCACGAUGGAGGCAGGCUGAUCAAUCUCUGCACUCUAUUCACAAGCUGACGGUUCGUGCAGAUAAAAAUCCAAAAGCCUUCGCCUUCGCCAAACCAGGGAAGCUCAAGAAACAGGCAAUCCGCUCUCAUGAGAUCAAAGAGAAACGCCUCCAUGUCCCUCUCAUCGACCGCCUCCCCACAGACCCACCACCCCAAGUCGUUGCGGUUGUUGGCCCUCCCGGUGUGGGCAAGACAACCCUUGUCAAGUCUCUGAUCAAAAGAUAUACCAAACAAACCCUCUCCUCGCCCGUUGGGCCUCUCACAGUCGUCACUUCUAAGCGGAAGCGCCUGACCUUCAUAGAAUGCCCGUCCGAUUCUCUGGCCGCCAUGAUGGAUGUGGCGAAGGUCGUGGAUAUAGUUCUCCUGAUGAUAGACGGCAACUACGGCUUCGAGAUGGAGACGAUGGAAUUCUUGAACGUGCUGUCAGCGUCAGGCAUGCCAGGGAACAUCUUUGGCAUCCUUACCCAUCUCGAUCUAUUCAAGAAGCCGCAAGCCCUCAAAGAUGCAAAAAAGAGGCUGAAGCAUAGGUUCUGGAGCGAACUAUAUCAAGGUGCAAAGCUCUUCUAUCUUUCUGGUGUGAUCAAUGGUCGAUAUCCUGAUCGCGAGGUGCAUAAUCUUUCCCGCUUCUUGAGUGUGAUGAAGAGUCCGAGGCCGCUGGUAUGGAGAAACAGUCAUCCCUACUGUCUAGCAGAUAGAAUGCUGGAUGUUACGCCGCCUACGAAGAUCGAGGAAAAUCAGAAGUGUGAUCGCACGAUUGCGCUAUACGGGUAUCUGAGAGGGACGAAUUUUCCUGCUGAGGGCGCGCAGGUGCACAUACCAGGAGUCGGGGAUUUGGACGUAAGUGCUAUUGAAGCACUGCCAGAUCCUUGUGCCACGCCGUCUAUGGAGUCAGAAGUCGCAAAGGUGACAGGGAAGACUCAAAGAAAACGACUGGGAGAGAAACAGAAGGUGCUUUUUGCGCCUAUGUCUGAUGUUGGUGGAGUGAUGGUGGACAAAGACGCUGUCUACAUAGAUGUCAAAACCAACACUUUCGAUAAAGACGCUCAACCUGACGAAGAAAGAGGGCUAGGCGAACAGAUGGUAGUGGGUUUGCAAGGAGAGAGAAGGCUACUCGGGCAGGCCGAAAAUGGGGUGAGGCUCUUCACUGAUGGUAAUCUCAUGCAGGACGACCCAGAAGUCGACAUGGGGAGAAAGGAGCCAAGAAAAGCUCGAAUCACGGAAAGAGAAGCUGCGGAUGAGGAUGAAAUGCCUGACGAUGCAGGCUUCGUGAGUGGUGAAGACAAACAAGGUGUUGAUGUUGAUACAAACGAUGAUGUUUCAACGGAAAAGCGUGGGAAAGCUCUCAAGGACUCAAAUAUCACUACACAUGGAAAGCUGGUGGAUGGUGACGUCGCAUUCGCCGACAGCGACUCAGAUAUUGGGUCUCUGUCGAGUGCACAAGACCCGGAGCUCGAAAGCGCGUCUGAAGGAAGUGAAGAUGAUUUAGAUGAAGAGGAUGCCGCUCUGCGAUGGAAAGAAAACAUGACAGCAAAUGUCAGAAAGAUCCACGGCUCAAACAGACAAUAUUUUGUUCCUGACCUAGCAAAGAUGCUAUAUGACGAGUCCCUAACGGCGGCGCAAGUCGUAAGCAGGUGGAAAGGAAAGGCAGUGGAUCAGCAAUCAGCGGAGGCACACGAAGACUCAGACGAUGAGAACUUCUUUCGGAAAACGCAGCAGCAUGAAGACGAGGCCCUAGAGGAUCGACUGAUGCCAAAGUACGAUUACGACGCUCUCACCCAGAAAUGGCAAGAUCUAGACAAUCUCGAGGCCUUACGAAAACGUUUCGCAGCUGCAAAGCCAUUCAAGGAGCAUGAGGGCGAAGAAGAGGAUAGUGAUGGAGAAGCUGCAGACUCUGAUGAAGGCGAUGGCGAUUUCGAAGACCUUGAAGCGGCAGACAACUCUUCUCCUAAACCAGAAAAGGUAGACAAGGAGCUUUCGCUUGACGCCGAGCGAGAAAAGAAUGCUCGUCGUAAAGAAGAGCUUAAGCUACGAUUUGAAAACGAGGAUGCCGAAGGCUUUGGUCGGCAAAAUGAUCAAGCAGCUAAGGACCCAGAUGAGGAGUUUGGUGAAGACGACUGGUAUGAAGCCCAAAAGGCUCAGAUUCAGAAGCAGCUCACCAUCAACCGCGCCGAAUUCGAUUCGCUUGAUGAACGCUCCCGCGUUAGAGUCGAGGGCUAUAAAGCCGGUACGUAUGUGCGGUUGGUCCUUGAGAAUGUUCCUCCUGAGUUUGCCUUCACGUUCAACCCUCGUAACCCUGUCAUCAUCGGCGGCCUGGCACCGACCGAAACCCGCUUUGGCUUUGUGCAAAUCCGCAUCAAGCGACAUCGGUGGCAUAAGAAGAUUCUCAAAACCAACGACCCCUUGAUCUUCUCCUUAGGAUGGCGGCGCUUUCAGACUCUCCCAACAUACAGCAUCUCGGACUCCCGAACGCGCAACCGUAUGCUUAAAUACACUCCUGAGCACAUGCAUUGCUUCGGCACCUUCUACGGGCCAUUGAUAGCCCCAAACACCGGAUUCUGCUGCGUCCAAUCCUUCUCAAACAAGAAUCCCAACUUCCGCAUCGCAGCUACAGGCGUAGUUCUCAACGUCGACGAAACGACUGAGAUCGUCAAGAAGCUCAAAUUGACCGGCCAACCCUACAAAAUCUUCCGCAACACAGCCUUCAUCCGGGAAAUGUUCAACUCCGCGCUGGAAAUCGCAAAAUUCGAAGGCGCCAGCAUCCGCACCGUCUCCGGCAUCCGCGGCCAAAUCAAGCGCGCCCUCAGCAAGCCCGAAGGACACUUCCGCGCCACCUUCGAAGACAAAGUUCUCAUGAGCGACAUCGUCUUCCUGCGCGCCUGGUACCCAGUUCGGCCCCACCGCUUCUACAACCCGGUGACCAACCUCCUCGAACAAGCCGCGAACAACCCCCCCUCCUCCUCCACCCUCACCAAUCCCGCAGAUCCCAACCUCAGCCCCAACCCCACCCACUCCCCAGCUCUGAUGCGCCUCACGGGCCAAAUCCGCGCCUCAGCCUCCCUCCCCACCCCCUCUCUCCCCAACUCCUCCUACCGCCCCAUCGACCGCCAAGACCGGCACUUCAACCCCCUGCGCGUCCCGAAAGCGCUCGCCGCAGAUCUGCCCUUCAAAUCGCAGAUUGCGACAAUGAAACCGCAGCGUAAGCAGACGUAUAUGCAGAAACGAGCGGUCGUGCUCGGCGGGGAGGAGAGACGGGCGAGGGAUCUGAUGCAGAAAUUGCUGACGAUUAGGAAUGAGAAGGUGGAGAAGAGGCGGAAGAAGCAGGAGGAGCGGAGGCUGCCGUUUCAGAAGCGGAUGGAGGAGGGGAGGAAGAUGAAGGAGGCGAGGGAGAAGAGGGAGGGGAAGGAGUACUGGAGACGGGAGGGACGGAAGAGGAAGGGGGAGGGGGUUGGAGGGAUUGAUGAGGGGAAGGGAGGGGGUAAAAGGGUGAAGAGGUAG